AUGGAGACUGGAACGCAGUAUGUAGUGUUGUGUAUGAUGAUAUACGUAAUUCUGACUGUUCACAGAAUCGGAGCGGAGAAGGUUCUGGUGGUACCGCCGGCCGUUGGGGGCAGCCACUGGUUUCCCCUAGCGUCAGUCGGCCAGGCCUUGGCGGGGAGGGGCCACGACGUCACCGUUGUUGUCUCUCAGGACAUCGUGGACAAACGUCGCGCCGACAGACCCGAGCUUCGGUUCGAGUCGUUCUUUGACCAGGGAAGCCAGGGGAUGAACUUUAUGGCUGAGCACUGUGAUCUGCUGAUGGCAAAUGCAAACUUGAUGGGGAGGCUGAAACAAGCACGUUUUCGGGUUGUUGUGUCACAGCCGUUCUUUAGCCAGUGUGGAGCCAUAGUCGCAGCUCACCUGGGCGUCCCCCACGUCGCUCUCCUGCGUGGUGACCUCUCGGGACUUAACUCCUUCGCAACAGGGGUGCCCCGCCCCCCGUCCUAUGUACCGUAUAUCUUGUCCAGUUUUACAGACCGGAUGACUUUCUCACAGCGGGUGCAGAACCUUGUCGUGUCAUGCUCAGCGCCUGUGGUGUUUCAGUGGAUCGUGGGACGUAUCAACAUUGACUUGGUGAAAAAGUACCUCGGCGAGGAGGAGACUCUUGUGGGAGUUCUGGCGAAGACGGAUGUAUGGCUGUAUCAAACCGACGUUUUGCUGGACCUCCCGAGCCCGAGAAUGCCCAACAUGGUGGACGUCGGAGGGAUAAACUCCCAAGCGGCCAAUUCUCUUUCCGAGGAUUUAGAGCUGUUCAUGCAGAGUUCUGGCAGUGCUGGGGUCGUGGUGGUCAGCUUCGGCUCACAGGUCAAGACCAUCAACCUUGAAAGGGCAGAGGUAAUGGCAGCAGCCUUCGCGCAGCUCCGACAGAAGGUGGUGUGGCGGUACACGGGAGAGAAGCCGGCCGGGCUGGGCAACAACACCAAGCUGAUGAGCUGGCUGCCGCAGAACGACUUACUGGGUCACCCAAAAUCCAAAGCCUCGUUCGUCACCCAUACGGGCUCUAACGGUAUGUACGAGGCCCUGUACCACGGGGUACCCAUGGUCUGUCUGCCGCUGAUCGGGGACCAGCCCGGCAACGCGGCUCGGGUGGUAUCCAGAGGGCUGGGAGUGAGGCUGGACUUCAACACGUUCACAACAGAAACAUUAUACCAUGCCAUUAUGCAGGUUCUAGCUAAAAAAAGCUACCGUGAGACGGCAGCCCGCCUGUCCCGUCUGCACCGUGACCAGCCCCAGUCACCCAUGGAGCGGGCCGUCUGGUGGAUAGAACACGUCAUCAAACAUGGCGGACUGCCCCAUCUCCGCGCACGCGCCGUGGAGCUGCCGUGGUACCAGUACUACCUGCUGGACGUGGCUGCCUUCUUGUUGGCCGUCUGUUCAGCUGUUCUUGUGCUCAUCUGGUGCAGCUGUUUUCUAGUCUGUAGAAAGAUUUGUCGUAAAAGUGGCGACAAGCUGAAGUCUCAGUAGAGAAUUCCAAAGAUUGCAACGUAAGAGGUGGCUCACUAGCAGUAUCUGCUGUGUGUAACGCCAUAAGCUACGUUGCAUACAUAGAAUUAAUUGAUAAACUUUAUUACAAAGCAUCUGUAUGUACAAUGCAUGGAAAACAACAAUAACAACAAUUAUCAGAGUCUUAUCUUUACAUAUCCUGAUAACUAAAUUAAGUAAACAAUAGGAAAUUCUAGUACUUUAUGAUAAGUAAUGAGUAACAUAAAAUGCUGUGUAGUUAAUCUCCUAAAAAGGAAGUGUUUAAUCUUCUACCCCUACAUCUGCUUGUAGAUUAAAGUUCGAUUCUUAUUUGACAUUCGUUUAACUGUUUUUGCCAAACAUGUACUUGCCUUGAAAACCUAAAGGAAUAGUCUAAGAAUAAAAUACGAAAAAUGGGAAAAUGAUAGCUGCCACAACAAACAUCUGAUCCUUCGUGUUUCCUUUCGUGAAUAUGGAUUCAGCCUAAACAGAUAAAUAGACUAGUGUCAAAAAUCUAGAGAUAUGUAGCGAUUUCAGCCUAAGACUACACAUGGAACAGCUAAAGAACGGGUCUUCUUUCAGAUACAUUUCUCGAAAACAAACUGGCAUGAUGAUAUUUUAG